AUGAACAAGACUCUCUUUUUAGUUGUUUUCUUAGCUUUGGCUGUCCCAGCCCUCUGUGACAUUUGGUCAAGCUGUGGUUCCUCCACUGACCACUUCCAAAUCGGACAAGUUGUCAUCACCCCAGAUCCCCCAGUAAAGGGACAAAGCAUCAACAUCACUGCUUCUGGUUUCCUCGUUAUAACCUACCCAAUCAAGAUUUCAGAUAUGACGACAGAUAUGUCUGAUUAUCUAUAUAAUCACACAUAA